AUGCAGCAUGUCGGGUAUAUGAGGACAGCUGUCCGUUUGGCCAAAUACGCUCUUGAUCACGACGAGACGCCGGUAGCUUGCAUCUUUGUACAUACACCGACCGGUCAGGUGAUGGCCUACGGCAUGAACGAUACGAACAAGUCAUUAACUGGCGUGGCACACGCUGAGUUCAUGGGGAUCGACCAGAUCAAGGCAAUGGUGGGGUCGCGCGGAGUCGUUGACGUGUUCAAAGAUAUUACUCUGUAUGUGACUGUAGAACCGUGUAUAAUGUGUGCGUCUGCACUUAAGCAGUUAGGCAUUGGGAAAGUUGUGUUCGGUUGUGGUAACGAAAGAUUCGGCGGCAAUGGUACUGUCUUGUCAGUAAAUCAUGAUACGUGUACUCUAGCGGCCAGGAGUAAGGCGGCCACAGGUUACGAGAGUAUACCGGGGAUCUUGAGGAAAGAAGCCAUCAUGCUGUUGAGGUAUUUUUAUGUAAGACAAAAUGAAAAAGCUCCCAAGCCACGAUCUAAGAGUGAUAGGGUGCUGGAUAAAGACACAUUCCCACCCAUGGAAUGGUCGAAGUAUAUCGGCGAAGAGUCAUUUCUUGAAAAUUUUGGCCACGACUACAAGGCGUAUUACGCAAAUGGGACAGAUUUAUUCAACGAUAACGUAGACUGGAAAUUGAUUGAAUCUCGCCACGAUAACAUCAUUCAGGAACUGAAUGACCAAUGCAAGUCAUUCAAAUUCAACGUGCAGAAGAAAUCUAAAGUUUGA